ACGAGCGUCCCAGCGCACCGGCGAGCGCGCCAUGUUCCAGCCAGCCGAGCACGCCCCGGAGUGGGCCAUGGAGGGGCUCCGGGAUGGGCUGAAGAAGGAGCGGCUGCUGGAUGACCGCCACGACAGCGGCCUGGACUCCAUGAAGGACGAGGACUACGAGCAGAUGGUCAAGGAGCUGCGGGAGAUCCGCCUCGAGCCCCAGGAGGCGCCGCACAGCGCCGAGCCCUGGAAGCAGCAGCUCACGGAGGACGGAGACUCGUUCCUGCACUUGGCCAUCAUCCACGAAGAAAAGACACUGACCAUGGAAGUGAUUCGUCAGGUGAAAGGAGACCUGGCCUUCCUUAACUUCCAGAACAACCUGCAACAGACUCCACUCCACUUGGCUGUGAUCACUAACCAGCCAGAAAUUGCUGAGACACUUCUGGAAGCUGGCUGUGAUCCUGAGCUCCGAGACUUUCGAGGAAAUACACCCCUACACCUUGCCUGUGAACAGGGCAGCCUGGCCAGUGUGGGCGUCCUGACGCAGACCUGCACACCUCAGCAUCUUCACUCCAUCCUGCAGGCCACCAACUACAACGGCCACACGUGUCUGCACUUAGCCUCCAUCCAUGGCUACCUGGGCAUCGUGGAGCUUUUGGUGUCCUUGGGUGCCGAUGUCAAUGCUCAGGAGCCCUGUAAUGGCCGGACCGCCCUCCACCUUGCAGUGGACCUGCAGAAUCCUGACCUGGUGUCACUCUUGUUGAAGUGUGGGGCUGAUGUCAACAGAGUCACAUACCAGGGCUACUCCCCCUACCAGCUCACCUGGGGCCGCCCAAGCACCCGGAUACAACAGCAGCUGGGCCAGUUGACCCUCGAAAAUCUUCAAAUGCUGCCCGAGAGCGAGGAUGAGGAGAGCUAUGACACAGAGUCGGAGUUCACCGAGGAUGAGCUACCCUAUGAUGACUGUGUAUUUGGAGGCCAACGUCUGACAUUAUGAGUGGAAAGUGUCAAAAAUAACAAAGACUUGUAUAUUUGUACAAAAAGAGAGUUUUAUUUUUUUAAAAAAAAGAAAAGAAAAGAAAAGAAAAAUAAAGGGUACGCUUACCACUAUACCACACACUCCCUGACCCUGAACGUUUUACUAUUGGGAAUCAGCCCUGAGUUUUUAAAAAUACUUUUUUUGUGAAAUUUUGGGAAGCAAAGAUCAUUGGAAUCAAAAAGAAAAUUCUGUAAAGUUCAUCUUUUGUGGGGAUUUUGAAGAAGGUUAUCCAUAUCGGAUGAAAGGACCAUGUUUUAUUUAUUACUGUUCUUUUGGGCGAGCUGCCUGCCUACCAUAGCUUUAGCAGCUGACUCCUGUUGUGUUCUGAUGUGUAAGAACCAGGUGUUUGGUGGUGUGUGGUUAAAAGUCACUACCUACUAAGGCUUGUGUUACCCUCUUGUAAAUGGUGUAUAUAGGAUAUUUUGUUGGUAAUUAUUUUGGUACUUUUAAGAUGUAUAUUUAUUAAACAGAUUUUUGCAAACAG